CUAACUGUUCCGUGUCAUCGCUAUCAAGUACAUAACCUAGAAUCAGAUUUGAAUCUGACUCUGACAACAAAUAAUAAACACAUAUACUCACUUCACUAGUACAAUAAUCCUUAGUUUUAAGUAAUAAUGUGUAACGACAUUCACACAAAAUCAAUUUAGUUUUUGAGUAAUAGUCGAAAUACAUUAUGAAAAACAAAAAGAAACGUGAUACUUUCAAAAUAACAUACAUAUAUUUAGCUGUUUUGCGGAUAGUUUUGGUGUUUGUGCCCCAACUUGGAUACAUUCAUCCUGAUGAGUUCUUUCAGUCUGUGGAAGUCUUAAUAGGAAAAUUUUUGGCAGUGGAAAACAGUCCACCAUGGGAAUUCGACUCAGCUUUCCCUAUAAGAAGCAUGACAGUACCUUACUUCACUAUAGGAAUGUGCAUAAAGUUCCUCAGAGAUAUUAGCAAUCUAGGCAAAGCAUAUUCACCAAAUUUUACACUCCUGACACCCUAUUCUCUGUUAGUUGCACCUAGAGCUAUCAUGUGUAUUUUCUCAUAUGCAGUAGAUUUUUGUUUGUAUAAAAUUUGUUCCAACAACAAUGAAAACUAUAAAUCAAGGUUAAUUAUACUCUCUAGUUCAUAUCUCAUGUUAGUUUAUGGCACAAGGACAUUCUCAAAUAGCAUAGAACUUUAUUUGUUUGCAGGUCUGCUAUAUUUUGUGAGUGAGAGCAUGACAUUUUCAAAUAUUUUGUUGAGAAAAAAGGAGUAUCUUAAUUUUAGAUAUGAGAAAAGUAAAACUGUAGUUGAAAAAGCUAAGUUUCAUAAAUUGAAGCUCUUUAUGGCCUCAGAUUCUUACAGAAAUUGCUUUUAUAUCAGCACAAUAACAGUAAUAGGCUUCUUCAAUAGGCCUACUUUUCUAGCAUUUGCAGUUAUUCCAAUAUUUUUUUGGUUGUACAGAGGUAUUGGCAGUAAAACUGUCACUGUACUACAAUUCCAUUCUAGAAUACUGGUUUUAAUAUCAUGUGCUAUUCCAACCAUACUAUUCUGUAUCAUAAUUGAUUCCUUUUACUAUUGUUAUAUAACUUGGGGUGAAAUUGGUGUCCUAGAUGUUUCAAUCAAUAAUUUUGUAUUCACCCCAUUGAAUUUUGUCAGAUACAAUAUUGAUCCUAAGAAUCUAGCCAAGCAUGGUUUACAUCCAAGGUAUUUGCAUCUUUUGGUAAAUGUGCCUUUGCUUUAUAAUAUUUUGGGACUUUGUGCUAUGGAGACCAUCAUCAGGUACAUCUAUCUGUGCUACAGAAAAAAAUUCAACCACCUCCCAACAGUACGCAGCAUCAAAUGUCUAAUGAUCUUUUCUGUAAUCUCUCCAUUAGCCCUUCUGUCAAUCUUCCCUCAUCAAGAGCCCCGCUUCCUGAUUCCUCUUAUUGUUCCUCUAGUCUACCUUCAUUCCCACUUUUUGCUUCCCGAACCAGAAAGUUCGAUCAUCGAGGCUCCAAGGAUUCACCCAGCGCAUUCUCCAAAAUCAACGCCUCCAACGUAUCGUGCGCUCAAGUUUUGGAUUAUCUUGAAUGCGGUUUUUACUCUUUUUUAUGGUUUUGUGCAUCAAGGAGGUGUAAUACAGGCUACCUCCUACUUAGCUCAAGAUAUGGGAGUGACAGCAAAGACCACUGAAUUUCAUGUAGUGACUAGUCACAUAUAUUCACUGCCUGAAUCUUUUUUUAUGCAACCGUCUACUAGUAAGCUUUAUAAAAAGGGUAAAAAACAGUUUAGUGUAGCAAAGAGGGUUUAUUUAUAUGAACAAGGAUCUCAGGAUUUGGAUUAUGUCUUACUUCUUUUAAAUACCAUCGUAACUGGUUUAGAUGCAAGUCCGAGAAAAAAAGCUAAUGUAUAUUUACUGAUAUCUAGUAGUUUAGAAGAUAAAUUGAGGCACUUAAUUGGUAAACAAUAUUUAAACUUCUUUCUAGUAGAAAGUUUUUAUCCACACUUGAGUCUAGAGUCAUUCCCAGAUUUGGGGAGGUACUGUACCGAGAUAACAGAGGUGUUUUAUAGCAAAUGUGUUGUUUCAUCUAGCAGCCAGUAUUUUUGGCAGAUUUUGCAAUCAUUUGGUUUGAAUCUCUAUCAAGUAACAUUGAACAAAUUUUAAAUUUUUAUAGUUAUGGCUCUUAUAGAGCUCGAAUAUGUAAUCUCUCAUAUUUUGACACGUUUUUCUAGAAUUCAUGGUUGUCUGGAGAUUUGUUUUGAUAUUUAAAUAAGAAUAUAAGAGUAGCCUUUGUUGGGCUACCAUGUAAAACAGCAUGUAUAACUUAGGUAGUUCUAUACUGUGUAAAAAUUUCAAUCGAAACAACUUUGAUUGUAAUUAAUAUUCAAAUACGAGGGAUUUGCGAAACUUAUACAUUCUCAGAUAGAUGCAAUAAUAAUAUUUAGUUAAGUUAUUUUAUUCUAAUGUGGAACUGUGAUCAUUACAUCUGAGCAUUAUUUUUUUUAUAAUUUAUAGAACUCAGUGGGAAUAACUAUUGUCAAAUGUCUAAAAGAAUUUGGAACAUUUCUUGUAGACAAAAUGAAUUUCUAUAUAGUCAGUUCAAUGCUACGUAAAUCUGAUUUUUGAUAGUUUAUUACUGUUCAAUCUCACUCUGCAAUGUUAUUUUUCUUUCACUGAUCAGUGCUUCAGUAAAACAUUUUUUCCGUUAUAUAACUUCUGUAUAUCAAACAAAUUUUAUAUUAUACAUUCCCUAAUAAAAUAUUAUUUACAUGUUGGCAUUUCAUGUUGUCUUCUUUAAAAAAAAGCAGUCUUAUGUACCAAGUAUUAGAGGAUAAACAUUGGACAAGCUGUGUAAACAACCUUUAAGCCAUCCACGAAAUUCUUUUUUUUAUUACUACUUUACUAUUGCUAUACCA